AUGAAGAGUAUAUAAGCAAAAAAUUUUGGGAAUGUUUUGGAGAAGCACUAAAUGAAAAUAAAAAGGGGCAAGAUGGUUGUAUUCAUGUGCUGUCAAUAAUUGCCAACAAAUUUACCUACACUGAAUUGCAAGAAAAGCUUUUUCUUUCGGCAAACAGUGUGACCAGUGCCAGAUUGUAUGCUAAAACUAAUGGUCCUGGUUGCCUUGCAUUAAGCAAACCUGCAAUCACUAAAGUAAAACUGUCAAAAGAAUCACUGGAUCAAUUUAUGACAUUUUUACUUGAUAAUAAUAAUACAAUGCCAAAUCUUGGUGGCUUGUGUUUGACAUGUAAUGAAUAUGGAUUUGGUGUUUUUGAAGAGAUGAAACCACUUGUUCAAGAAAAAAUUAAUAGAAAAGAUAUUCAGAAUGAAUUGAUAACUCAACUUGAAAAAACACAAUGUCAUUUGAAUCGAGAAUAUGGAAAUGAAUUGAUUAUAGAUGACCUUGGUAAUGUGCAGCAUGAUAAUUGUAUUGAACAUUGUUUAAACUUUGCAUUUGAGAAAGAUCCAAAUAGAUUAUCCAAAGAUGUUGUAAAAGCUGAAUUGAAAAAAAGAAAAAUUGAGUAUGAAGAGAAGGAAAAAAAAGUUGAUGAUAUUGAUAAGUUAAAAUCUUUUGGUAUACAAACUUCAGGCUUGGAUGUAAUGUAUUUAAAAUUUCCAGAACUUUAUUUAUAUCAUGAAAUUAUGUCUUUUAAAUUUCCAGAAACAAUCCAAGCAUAA